AGCUAGCGCGCUAAUUUGGUAGUAGUAGUAGUAUAAAGACGAUCGCCCAUUCAAUUUAUUCCCCGCCCGGAAUAUAGAUAUUACGGAGUAUUAGUAUUAAUAGAUUUCGGAAAAUAAGCUAAGGCCUUGCUUUGCUUUCUUUCUGGUUCGUCCUCACAGAUGGCGGCGACCUUCAGCAGCUUCGAAGCUCAUCACGGGAACACCACUAAUAAAGGCAUUCAGAUCUUCAGCGCCAAAUGCGCUCAGUGUCAUGAUGCCCAAGUUAAUGCCGCCGCCGCCGCCGGCCACAAGCAAGGACCCAACUUGAAUGGACUGUUCGGGAGACAAUCUGGGACGACUCCGAGCAACUACUCGUACUCGGCUUCAAACAAGGACAAGGCUGUCGUCUGGGGAGAGGAAACACUAUCUGACUACUUGCUCGACCCCAAGGCGUAUAUUCGAGGGACCAAGAUGGAUUUCCCAGGACUAAAGAAGGCGCAGGAUCGGGCUGAUCUCAUUGCUUAUCUCCGUGAAUCAACUGCUAAUUAAUUAGCAUCAUCCCAACAUUAAAGUUUUACUUUUUUUCUACGUGGAUGUUAUACAGUAUAUACUUUCUUCUCUCCCAAAAGAAUUUCGUCCUAAUUUUUCUUGUACCCAAGCACUUUGAUUUCACCUCAUACUUCUAAAAUAUUCUCAAAAUAACAUUUAUCUACAAUAAACUACGAAGUAAGGG